GGAAAAGACAGUCUUUUCCGCCAAUCAGAGGACAGCGUCCAGGAGCUUCUUCCUGGGGAAGGAGAACGGAAAUCGGAUUUUGGUGGCAGUGGCUAAGGCGGCUACCGGUGUAAGCCCAGAGCUGAGGUUCCUGAUCUUCCACAAUGGGUGAACCACAGCAAGUCAGUGCACUUCCACCACCUCCAAUGCAGUACAUUAAGGAAUAUACAGAUGAAAAUAUUCAGGAAGGUCUCGCUCCCAAGCCUCCACCUCCAAUAAAAGAUAGUUACAUGAUGUUUGGCAACCAGUUCCAGUGUGAUGAUCUUAUCAUUCGCCCUUUGGAAAGUCAGGGCAUUGAACGGCUUCAUCCUAUGCAGUUUGACCAUAAGAAAGAACUGAGAAAACUCAACAUGUCUAUCCUUAUUAAUUUCUUAGACCUCUUAGAUAUCCUGAUUAGGAGCCCCGGCAGUAUAAAACGAGAAGAGAAGCUGGAGGAUCUUAAGCUACUUUUUGUCCACGUGCAUCAUCUUAUAAAUGAAUACCGACCUCACCAAGCGAGGGAGACUUUGAGGGUCAUGAUGGAGGUACAGAAACGUCAACGUCUUGAAACAGCCGAGAGGUUUCAGAAGCACCUGGAACGAGUCAUUGAGAUGAUUCAAAAUUGCUUGGCAUCUUUGCCUGAUGAUUUGCCGCGUUCAGAAACAGGAAUGAGAGUAAAAACUGAACCAAUGGAUGCUGAUGAUAGCAAUAAUUUUACUGGACAGAAUGAACAACAAAGAGAAAAUUCUGGUCAUAGGAGAGACCAGAUUAUAGAGAAGGACGCUGCCUUGUGUGUCCUAAUUGAUGAAAUGAAUGAAAGACCGUGAAGGAUAUUUCUUUUUUUUUUUUCUUGCCUUUCUUCUGUCCUUUCAGUGAAUAGCAUUAUAUAUUGCUUUUCUUUUGUCAUUUUGGUAAAUAGCGUUAUAUAUUAGUUUAUUUUCUUGUGGACAGUCUUAAAAGAGGUAUAACUAAAAGUCAUAUAAAUGACUUUUAUCUUGACUCAAACUUUGUCAAUUAUGAAACAUUACAGGCAGUAAUUUAAGUUUAUAGCAAGCAUAGACAAAUGGGUACCCUUACAUUAAGAGUCAUCACCUUAAAAAGCAAAAUGUUUGCUGCUAUUGUGUGGGACAUUCCUCUUUUUGGAGCUGCAGUAAAACUUUGAAGAUGUCCUCAGUAAUAGCAAGCUUUUGUUCUUGAAAAGUAGAGUUGUAAUUUGCUUUAAGUAUGAUAAAGAAUUUCAAGUUGUGUAAAUGUGAAAUUAUGAAAUCUUUAGACUUAUUUCACUUAAAAAUUUGCUUAACAUCUCUAAAAGGUAGUGUAACACGUUAAAAGAGAGGAAUCCAGUAGAGUUCAUACAACAGCAACUUUAUUUUUCCUCAUGACUGCUACAAACCCACUGUCCCAGCCUCUUCUUCCCAUUCUGGGUGGAAUAUUGGGUGGGUUUCAUAACUUUUUUUUACCCCAGUCACCAGUCUUUUGGUUAGUUUUAGUUGGAAACACAUUUUAGUAAAUUAAAAUGUUGAUGUAAUUAGCUACACAUUUCCUUUAAAGCUAAGUUCAGACUUGCUUAAGGCUGCAGCCUAUAAUGGAGAAGGGGCUUGGUGGCAGAGACUGCUAGCUAUCCAUCAAAGGUUCUUGCUACCGUGAGAUAACGUUGCUGAGGUAUGGUUGCACAGCCAGGGAACACAUUUCCUCGGCUCUCAUCCAUCUGUGUCAGGCCAUGUGAGUAAGUCCUAGAUAAUGGAAUAUGGUUGUAGGAAUCCAGGCCUGCCCCAUUAAAAUUUCUUUAAUGAUCUUCCAUUCUCUACUCCCAUCCACAAAGUGAUCCACACCCAGGAUUACUUUGGAAGCCCUUGAAGAUGGCCAAGGUAUAGUCAAUUUAGGUCUUUGCAUGACUAUACUAGGCCCUCCUUUCAUCAGUCUCCACCCCUCUUUCCCCAGCUGUUUAGACUUUAUGUGAGCAAGAAAUAAACUUGUUUUGAGCACUGAAA